UCCACUGGCACUUCCUCCUGAUCUUCUCUUUCCUUUCCUUUUGCGGAAGAAGAAUUACUACGGCAUUGCAAUGCUGACCUCCGAUAUAAUAAUAAUAAUAAUAAUUCCCAGUUUUUCAAUAGUACCUUCCGUUACUCCCUUUAUUCUCUGCGGUUGCUGCUUAUAGCAAGUAAUUUACUCUGUUAAUUGCCCAUCACACGCCUAAAGAUUUCAUUCCUGUUAUACGUCUACAUCCUAUAUAUAUAUAUAUAUAUAUUGUGCUCUUUCUCUCUCAUAGUCGUGUGGGAGAUGGAGAGUUUACCGACGACGACGACGAAAUCGGAGAAACGAUGGAGAUCAAAGCCUAUUCAGACCUCGAAACCUUCGCUUCUCAUGGCCUUGUUUUCUUGCCUCGCUUGGCUCUAUGUCGCCGGCAGGUUAUGGCAGGAUGCAGAGAACAGAACGUUACUAGUUGGUCUUCUCAAGAAAAACACGGGCCAGAGGCCCAAGAUUCUUUCAAUUGAUGAGAAGUUGGCGGUCCUUGGAUGCAAAAAUCUGGAGAGGAGAAUUGUGGAAGUUGAGAUGGAGCUGACACUGGCGAAGAGUCAAGGGUACUUGAAGAACCAUUUGCAACAAAGUGGAUCUUCUACUUCCCAACUUCUAGCUGUUAUUGGAGUUUAUACUGGAUUUGGCAGUCGAUUGAAGAGAAAUGUGUUCAGAGGAUCUUGGAUGCCUAGAGGUGAAGCCCUAAGAAAACUUGAAGAGAGAGGAGUAGUCAUCCGCUUUGUAAUCGGUCGGAGUGCUAACCGCGGCGAUAGUUUAGAUCGCAAUAUCGAUGAGGAAAAUCGUUCAACAAAAGAUUUUUUUAUUCUUGAAGAUCAUGAGGAGGCUCAGGAAGAGUUGCCCAAGAAAGCGAAGUUCUUCUUCAGCACAGCGGUCCAAAAUUGGAAUGCGGGAUUUUAUGUUAAAGUUGAUGACAACAUCGACCUUGAUCUUGAUGGGCUAAUUGGACUUCUUGAACAUCGUCGUGGUCAAAAUAGCUCUUAUAUUGGCUGCAUGAAGUCAGGAGAUGUUGUAGCUGAUGAAGGAAAGCCUUGGUAUGAACCUGAAUGGUGGAAAUUUGGUGACGAGAAAUCGUACUUCCGGCAUGCAUCCGGAUCACUUUUGAUUCUCUCCAAGAAUUUGGCUCAGUAUGUCUACGUAAACAGUGCUUCUUUGAAGACUUAUGCACACGAUGAUAUAUCAGUAGGUUCAUGGAUGAUGGGUCUCCAAACAACAUAUAUAGAUGACAAUCGUUUUUGCUGUAGUAGCAUUAGACAAGACAAGGUGUGCUCUCUAGCCUAAUCAAGAAAAUACAGAUAGCUUAUCAGAGGGACUUCCCAACUUUGUCUUGGUUAUUGAUCUGGAUCGUGAGCGGUUUUUGCGUCAUAUUUCAUCGGAGCAUCAUCUACACGGCAUUGUGUUGAUUUGUGGGAAUGAGCUGGGCAAAAUUUGCUACAUUUUUAGUCACAUUCAGAUAUUGGCAGAAGAUUCUUUUUAGGAUACAUACAUAGUUUGAUCCAUUCUCAAGAUCAUUUCCCCCCUCUCUAGUCAUCACGAUUGUUAUCUGAAACGUUGGAAGAGUUGAAAGAAAAUAAUCUUUAUUUGAUCAAUUUCUUUAUCGAGUAAAAAAGUUUGUGGAGCUUCUUUAA